AUGGGAAGGUCAAAAGUGAUACCUGAUGCAGGAAACUAUGGGUAUGAAGAAAUCAGUAACUUCAUAGCCCUUGCCGGAAUUUCUGAUUUUGUGGAAGAAAGAAAAGCAUCUGAAUCAGAUACCGAAGACUCGUCCAGUGAUGAAGAAUCUGAGAUUGAUAUCUACGAAAGCUUUAAAGAAGUUCGUGAUGCUUUGGUUGAAACCGGGAAAGAGAAUCUCGAAUUGAAAAAGGAGAAUGCUCGUCUUGAAGAAAAGGUUGGAGAACUUCAGAAGGCACUUCAAGCGGAAAAAGAUCUCAACAUGGAUAAUCUCAAUAUCAUGUUGGAAAAGAUGGAAGCGGUUAAACGAGCAGAUGACAUCACCAAAGAGUACUUUUUGGAGAAGGAGAACUCCAGGAGUCUACAAGCUGAGUUAGAUCAACAUCGAAAGCAACUGAAGAUGUUGACUGGAACUAAGGAACUCGACAAGAUCCUGAGUCUUGGUCGUGUUGGGAAGUCAAAUCUUGGUCUGGGAUACUCAACAGGAAGUGGAUCAACCGGCAAGACAGUCACUUUCGUGUCUGGAGGAAUAGCUCAAGAUGUUGUUCAAGCAGAGACUAGAUCAUCCGCACAUAAACCUGAUCCCAUCCUAAGGAGUGAAAAUCGAGGAAAGACCACCAUGGGAUUAGGAUAUGAGGCUAAGAAAGUCAGUAAUGCUAGAGCAUCACAUCGCCACAGAGGACAUCAAGGGAAACAGUGCUAUUUUUGUGGAGUUGUGGGUCAUAUCAAGGCGUUCUGCAACAAGUUUUGUGCUAGAGUUGAUCACGCCUGGAGACAAGGACGCUACUACUGGAAUCAUGGACUGAACCAGGAAGACUGA